AUGAGAUGGAUUGAUAAUCCUCAGAAACGAGGGAUCAAUCCCCGGAUUGUUGAAGGUCUAAUCAAGAUGUUUGACAAAGUUAACGUGUUAGUUCAAAGAUUUCGCCAGGCACGUGAUCGUUUCAAAGAGGAUAAUAUUGUCCAGUUGAAGAUACACAUGAAGGCAUCCCGUUCAGUUAGUGGCCGUCCUAAUAACAUAUCUCCUUCAGACGAAGUUGCUGCAGUUCUGGUCGGGGAUACCAAGUAUACAAAAGGAGUGCGUGACAUCGUUGUUGAAAGUAACAUAAAAGGUCUUACUCGAAUCCCAGAGAUUCAUCCUCUGCGAGCUUCUUUACAAUUUCCCAUAUUAUUUCCCAACGGGGAGGACGGUUACCAUGAACACCUACAUUAUUACAAGAAGGGAAAACGAAAAACUGGAGAGAAGAAGAGGGACAAAAUAACGGCCAAAGAGUAUUAUUUCUAUAAACUUCAAGUCAGAAAGAAUCAAGAUUAUACGUUGCGUUUGGGAGGUAGGCUUUUCCAACAAUACAUCGUUGACUCCUUUUCUUCCAUUGAACAAGCACGGCUAUAUUGGGUUAGAAAACAUCAAAAGGAGUUAAGACGUGAUCUGUACAACAAUAUCCGUGAUCAGGUUAGAAUUGGUGACGGUGAUAGUUCAAACAUCGGUAGAUCGUACAUCUUACCAUCAUCUUUUACUGGUUCUAAAAGAUAUAUGCAGCAAAACUUCCAAGAUGCUCUGGCCGUUUGUCGUGUUAUUGGACAUACUGAUCUUUUCCUUACUAUGACAUGCAACACUGAAUGGGAUGAAAUGCAAAAGAUGAUGGAUCUUUUACCUGGUUGCCUUAUGUAUGUAGUCGAAUAUCAGAAGCGCGGACUCCCUCAUAUUCACAUGUUAAUAUGGUUGGACGGUUCAGCUAAACCGAAUACCUGUGAGAAAGCUGACGAUCUGGUUAAUGCUGAAAUCCCAGAUCCCGAAACCGAACCAGAACUUUAUGAAGUUGUAAAGAAAUUUAUGAUUCAUGGUCCAUGUGGAAAGCAGAACCCAAAAUGCCCUUGCAUGAAAGAUUUCAAGUGUACUAGACAUUUCCCAAAGAAGUAUUCACCGUCAACAUCAUUUGAUAGUUCAGGCUUCCCAAUUUACAAGCAUCGGAAAACAUCAAAAAAUGUCAAAGUCCGCAAAGGUGUUCUAGAUAACCAAUGGGUUGUACCGUACAACAAAUAUUCACUCUUACGGUACCAAUGUCACAUAAAUUUAGAAAUAUGUGCUCAUGCAAGUAGUUUGAAAUAUUUGUUCAAAUACUGCCUUAAAGGACAUGAUCAAGCCACUGUUCUCAUAAACACACAGAAGGUAACAAAUGUACCUGGAACGAAAGAACAAGUCAUAGAUGAAAUCAAAACCUUCCUCGAUGGUCGUUACAUAUGUGGUGUUGAAGCUGGUCAUAGGAUUUAUGGUUUUGACGUUCAUCAUAGGACCAUAGCCGUUCAGCGACUUCCUUUCCAUCUCCCUCACCAAAAAACAUGUACAUUUCGCAGUAAAGAUGACCGUGCUUCUGUAGAAAGGUUGUGGUCAAUGAAGAAGAGCAAACUAGAAGCUUAUUUUGAACUAAAUAAAGUUGAUAUAUCCGCUCAGAAAUAUUCUUACAGUCAAAUCCCCCAAUUUUACGUUUGGGAUGGCCAAUCAACAAUGUGGUGUUCAAGAAAGAAGGGUUAUCAGAUUGGUAGGCUCACCUACACUCAUCAUGGUAGUGGGGAGUUGUGGUAUUUAAGAAUGCUUCUUUGUAGAAUAUGCGGGCCAACUUCUUUUAAAGAUCUUCUUAUUGUUGGAGGAGUUGUUUAUCCUACAUUCCAAGCUGCAUGUGAUGCUCGUGGAUGGCUUGCCAGUGACAAGGAAUGGGACGAGGCUCUGACUGAAUGUUCUUCUGUGGGCUUUGCUAACCAAGUACGUGAACUGUUUGUUUACAUAAUAUUAAACUGCAAAGUGUAUGACAUAGGAACGCUGUGGAUCAAACAUAAUCUUAAAAUGUCGGAAGAUAUUUUAUAUAAAAGGAGGAAGGUAACAUGCAAGAAUGACUUGGUGUUGUCUGAAAAGGAAAUAGAAUUUUACGCCCUUGCCGAAAUUGACAAUCUUCUUCGUUCGGUUGGAAACUCGCUUGAACGUUUCAAUAAUUUACCUCAACCAGACGGCUCAUACUUAAAUUCUGGAAAUGACAAUCUAAUUGUUGAAGAGACAUCAUACAACAUUGAAGAGGAGCUCCAUAGACAUAAUGAAAUGUUCAAGCAACUUAACCAUGAACAACUACAAGUUUAUCAGAGUAUAAUCCAUUCGGUGAACAACAAAACGGGAGGAAUAUUUUUUGUCUAUGGUAGUGGAGGUUGUGGGAAGACCUAUUUGUGGGGUACUAUAAUUUCCAAACUACUAUCACAGCGUAAGAUUGUUUUUCCUGUAGCUUCAUCAGGAAUUGCAGCAACAUUAAUGCCGGGAGGACGCACAGCCCAUUCACGUUUCAAGAUACCUAUAAUCAUUGAUGAAGAUUCCUCAUGCAACAUUUCUCACAAAUCUGAUAUUUCCCAGCUCUUGAAGAAGACUGAGCUUAUCAUAUGGGAUGAGGCGCCUAUGCAGCAUCGUUUUGCUUUCGAAGCAUUAGAUCGUACACUAUGUGAUAUAAUAAAGUCAAUUUCGCAAGAUAGGCAUGAAAAAACAUUUGGUGGGAUAACAGUUCUGCUAGGUGGUGAUUUUCGCCAAAUAUUACCCGUCAUAAAUCGUGCACCACGUAGUGAAGUGGUAUCCGCCUCUAUCAAUCGUUCCAGAUUGUGGGAUGAAUCUCAACUUUAUUUGCUUACUGAAAACAUGCGAGUGAAUAAAGGCAAUUCCGAAAAGCAGAAAGAAAUUGCAAGGCGUUUCAAUCAGUGGGUGCUUGAUAUAGGCAAUGGUAAGAUUCCCAGUUGUACUGAGGACGGAGAUGUUUUUGAUGAUGUAGACAUUGAGAUUCCGGAAGAAUUUUGCAUAAAGUCUGACAACUUUUCCGUGGAGGAAAUUAUAAAUUCAACCUAUCCGGAGUUGCUAUCAAAUUACAAAGAUGAGGUUUACAUGAGGGGGCGAGCUAUUUUAACUCCUACAAAUGAGAUAGUUCAUGAAGUCAACGCUGUAAUUCUAGAAAAAUUGCCAGGCCUGCCACCUCAUAAUGUUCUACUCAAAGAGAAUGUUGUGGUCAUGCUUAUGAGGAAUCUAAAUCAGAUCUCAGGUACUCUUCACUUCAUCCCACGGAUAGAGAUGUCUCCAACCGAUAGUCACUUACCCUUCAAGCUCAACCGGCUUCAACUGCCACUUCAAAUUUGCUACGCCAUGACUAUAAACAAGUCUCAAGGCCAGUCUCUCGAUAGAGUCAGUCUUUACCUGCCAAGAUCUGUGUUCUCCCAUGGCCAGCUUUAUGUGGCUAUUAGCCGGGUAACUUCUCCAUCUGGCUUAAAGAUUUACAUAAAAGGUCCAAACGGCAGAUGUACUAACGUUACCAAGAACGCUGUCUACGAAGAAGUGUUCUAUAAUCUACCCAAUGGUUUGAAUUAG